CUUACUUGCCUCAUCUCUACAACUUCACAUGUCUGAUUAUUUCUGUGGACAACAUUUCAAGAAAGCUCCAACACAAAUCCGCUGAACUUUAUCAUGUUUCUGUUCUCUUCACGUGUUUUUCAUCUCGUGACGACCACAGGUUACCGGAGACACUUAUUGAGACAAAAAGGAUGGAUGAUUGCUUUGAUCAUGCUCUUGUCUUUGUUUGAGAUUGUCAUCUCCCAGAACCAAAGUUAUGAUCCAGAAACAAUACAAGUCUUGCAAUUACUUUACCAAGAUGGGCAUGUGGUGAUUGACAAUGGAAUUUUCCAAUUAACUUUGUCUAAUCCUGAGGGAUUUGUGACCGGAGUCCGGUACAACGGUAUCGAAAAUGUGCUUGCCUAUACCGGCCAUGAAAAUGAUAGAGGUUACUGGGACUUAGUGUGGAACUUUCCAGGAAAGAAAACUAAAAAGACCAAAGGCACACUAGACCGGAUUGAAGCAACAAAGAUGGAAGUGAUAACGCAGAACGAUGAACAGAUAGAGAUAUCGUUUUCUAGGACAUGGAAUGCUUCUUCAAAUGUGACUGUUCCAGUGAAUAUAGACAAGAGGUUUGUAGUGCUGCGAAACUCGUCAGGGUUCUACACUUAUGCCAUCUUCGAGAGGUUACAAGGGUGGCCUGCUGUUGAAAUCGAUAAUAUUCGAUUAGCAAUUAAGCUAGACAAGGACAAGUUUGAUUACAUGGCGAUUUCAGAUGAGAGGCAAAGGUACAUGCCUCUGCCAGAUGAUAGGAUUCCGCCUCGAGGUAAGCCUCUUGCUUACCCCGAGGCCGUUCAACUUCUAGACCCUGUUGAGCCUGAGUUUAAAGGAGAGGUGGAUGACAAGUAUGAAUACUCAAUGGAGAGUAAAGACAUAAAAGUUCAUGGAUGGAUAAGCACAAAUGACUCAGUUGGGUUCUGGCAGAUCACUCCAAGCAACGAGUUCCGAUCUGCUGGUCCACUCAAGCAGUUCCUAGGCUCACAUGUUGGUCCAACCAACCUCGCUAUAUUUCAUAGUACUCACUAUGUUGGAGAAGAUCUAAUCAUGAAAUUUGAAGAAGGUGAAGCAUGGAAGAAAGUAUUUGGACCUGUCUUUAUUUAUCUCAACUCUUUCCCUAAAGAAGUUGAUCCUCUCUUGCUCUGGCUUGAAGCCAAGAACCAGACAAAGAUUGAAGAAGAGAAGUGGCCUUAUAACUUCACAAAUUCAAGUGAUUUUCCUGCUUCUGACCAAAGAGGACAUGUUAGCGGUAGAUUACUCGUUAGAGACCGGUACAUAAGCAGUGAGGAUAUACCUGCAAACGGUUCCUGCUUGGGGUUAGCUGCACCAGGAGAUGUUGGCGCAUGGCAAAGAGAAUACAAAGGUUACCAGUUCUGGUCAAAGGCGGACGAAGAAGGAUACUUUUGUAUAAACAAUGUGAGAAGUGGUCGUUACAAUCUCUAUGCAUUUGCUCCUGGAUUCAUCGGUGAUUACCACAACGAGACCGUUAUCGACAUUUCUCCAGGUUCGAAUAUAUGCCUAGGAGAGUUGGUGUAUGAACCUCCAAGAGACGGUCCAACUCUAUGGGAAAUUGGUGUACCAGACCGAACCGCUGCAGAGUUCUACAUUCCUGACCCUAACCCAAUGUUUGUGAACAAACUAUACGUAAACAGUUCUGAAAAUAAAUACAGACAGUAUGGAUUAUGGGAACGGUAUUCAGAAUUGUACCCCGAUGAAGAUAUGGUCUACGAUGUCGAUGUUGAUGAUUACUCUAAAGAUUGGUUCUACAUGCAAGUCACAAGGAAGCUAGAUGAUGGAGGAUACAACGGUACUACAUGGGAGAUCAAAUUUCAAUUUGACGAUCAAAUGGAAAAUCUUACGGGAGAUUUCAAACUGCGAAUCGCUCUAGCCACAUCAAAUGUAGCAGAGUUGCAGGUUCGGGUGAACAAUGUUUCUGUGGAUCCUCCAUUGUUUACAACGGGACAAAUAGGAAAAGAUAAUACAAUUGCAAGACAUGGUAUUCAUGGACUCUAUUGGUUAUACAGUGUGGAUGUACCAGCUUCUUCUCUUUGCCCGGGAAAUAACUCAAUAUAUCUAACCCAACCGCUAGCCAUAAGCCCAUUUCAAGGAUUCAUGUACGAUUACAUUCGUCUAGAGUAUCCUGAUUCUGUUAAUCAUAUUACUUAGACCAUAGAUUUUGUUUUCAGUCUUUACCUUAUAUAAGCUGAUUAUUCUAAAGAUAGAAAUAUACGCAUUAUUUUCUUUAUUGUUGU